AUCCGAACUCCCGGAUGGUUUGGUACGACGUUCCCGGAUCAGGCACUCCAAAGGUGUCUGACUGGCAGUACUUCAAUGAUAUGGGCCUCUACAUCUUCGACUGCAUUAUCGUGCUCACAGACAAUCGUAUCUUGGAAUCUGACCUCGCUAUCCUCCGCGCCUGCGAGCGGUUCAGGAAUAUCGAGGCGUUCAUUGUUCGCUCCAAGUCAGACCAGUACAUCAACAACAUGGUGUGCGAGAAGAUGCCGCAAGGUUUCGACCUUCGUGGCCCCGACAUGGAUGCCAAAACACGUUCUCUUGAGAGGGCCAACCUCCCUCGGAAGAAGGCCUACAUCGUUUGCGUGGACGCCAUUCUUGCGGCGGUGAGCAACUCUCGCUCUCCGAAGGCAAUUGACGAGGCAGACCUUCUGAAUGAUGUUGAAGAAUUUGUGUGGAAGCGUCUGCAGUCGGGAUGUUAAAAGUAAUUUUGCUCGAUUGUCGAUCGGUUCGUUUAGUGCAGUUCCUACCCUAUAGAUAUGCCUGUCCCCAUUCUUCAACCUCAAAUCUGUCGUAGUUUAAACUUUCAUAUCAUUAUUCGCUGUGAUUUAUGAUGGCGUUGGCGGGCGGGUAGCAAACAUGGAGAAAGCAGCUAUGUACAGAUAGCAAAGCGGUCGCGGGGAUUGGGAGAGAUGGAGAUCCUGAUGAUAGGUAAGUAGGCGGGAUCGAUGGGCGGUAGUAACAUCAUGCAGUAGGCUUGACAGACUCCG